GUAGGAAGUAGAUUUGAGUAAUCAGUUCAACGACCAAAUGGCAGUUUGAAGACCGAAAACAAGAACUGACGCAAUUUGAAUGUAUCAAGACAGUAUUAUCUGAAAUCGUAAAGAGAUGUCUCCCGAUGAACUGGUUUACUUGGGAAUUCUCGCUGCCUCCAUCCCAAUCGGAUUUCUUUUCCGUUACCUAAGUCCUCCAGUGAAACAGGGGGCAGCAUUGCUCGUGGGACUUUCGAUCACCAUAGCAACAUGUCAAAUCCAUACACUUCAUUCUCUGUUGACGGUGUUGGGAACAUGGGUCAUCAUCAAAAGCAACUGGCAGAUGGCCCCUGCUCUGUCUCUCGGGUGGAGUUUCCUGUACCUCCUCUUCUUCCGCAUGGUCACAUGGUUCAACCUUCCAGCACCAACACCUUUUGCCAAUGCCAUCCAGCUGCUGCUCACCUUGAAGAUGGUCAGCAUAGCCAAUGAGGUGAAAAGUUUCCAUGAGGAGAAGAAAAAGGAAGUGAGCUCGUUCUCCAAGUCCCCUGUCAUUGGUGGACUAUCUCAGGAGCCCUCCCUCUAUGAUAUUGUAGCCUAUAGCUACUGCUAUGUGGGUAUAAUGACAGGACCGUUCUUCCGCUUCCAGACCUAUAUGGACUGGCUGAGGCAGCCCAGGCCCUUGUCCCUACCCGGCCAGGAGCCCUGCCUGCAGAGGCUGAAACUGGUGCCCGUCUACGCGGGUCUGUUCCUGGCUGUGAACUCUGUUUACCCCCUGUCGUAUGUCCGUACGGAAGAGUUCCUGGAGCACAACUACUUCUUCAGGUUGUUCUACAUGACACUGGUGUUUUUCGUGUUCAGAAUGCGUUUCUACGCAGCGUGGUGUGGGGCCGAGGCUGGCUGCAUCAGUGCAGGGUUAGGCUGCUACCCAGAGGGGGCGCUGUCCAAACCAGGAGGCGGCCCCACUGUGAACUACAGUUUGGAUCCGGAUGUUCCUGCCGUGUACGACUUCAAGACCAUCCAGAACAUUGACUGCUACAACACAGACUUCUGUGUAAAGGUCCGCCACGGGAUGCGCUACUGGAACAUGACUGUGCAGUGGUGGUUGCAUCAUUACAUCUACCCCAACUCACCCUUCAAAGCUUAUACACUCCGGGCUGGUUGGACCAUGUUCAUCAGUGCGUACUGGCACGGGCUCCAUGCAGGGUACUACCUUUCCUUCCUGACCAUCCCCCUGUGCAUCGCGGCCGAGUCGGCCAUGGAGUCCUCAGUCAGGGCCAAGCUGGGGCCUCGAGGCCAGAAUAUCUUUGACUGGGUCCACUGGUUCCUCAAGAUGAGGGCCUAUGACUACAUGUGCAUGGGCUUUGUCCUGCUGAAGGCCAGUGAUACCAUCAACUACUGGACCUCUAUCUACUUCAUUAUCCAUGUCAUCGCCGUGGGCUGCAUACUUCUGGGAAGGGUGAUGAAGGGAGGGAAGAGGGAAGGAAAGAGGGUUGAGAAGGUGGAGGGAGAGAAGGUGGAGGGAGAGAAGGUGGAGGGAGAGAAGGUGGAGGAGAGGAAGGAGGAUGUUCGAGAAAAGACAGAAUGAGAGUGAAACAGGGUUGGAGGACGGGAGGAAGAGGUCAUGGUUAUUACAGUACUACAAUUCCCUACAUGCACUGCACUGUUUCUUCUCUCAUUUCUUUUAUGUUCUCUUAUUUGGAUAAGUUAUUGGGAAACUUUGCUUACUUAAGUUAAAUCUGAUUGUUGUUUGACAUGAAUGGAACUAUGUACAAUUCAUUUUGUCCAAGAAGUGCUGUAGCCCUGUCUAUAGGUAUAAGAAAUACAAAGGAUGAAUGAACUCUAUAUGAAUGUCACUGUAUGUUUGGAUGUCACUGUAUGUUUGGAUCGCAGAUGCGUCCUGGGACUGUACAUAAUUGACCUCGCUCCCCUAUGUACAUGUACGCAACCUUUGUGUGAUGUUAUUUCAAGACCAAGUGAAUCAGUUUUCCUUUCAAUGUUUUUAAAUCUAGUCUAUUGGACAAAAUCACCUCAAAAAAGAUUUGUAGACGCGAAAAUUCCUCUGUUUAUAUAUUCAUUUAGUUGUUCAUUGUCAGGUUUUUACUUAACUGGACAAGCGUUCUUCCUUUUCUACUGUGAAGACGGGGUAGAUUCAGUCUGCAACUUGUGUAUUCUUGUGCCCUGACAAACCACAUUCCAUUUUUUUUUGCAAGUUGUUGCGACUGUGUUUGUAGUUCUCGUCGGGUGGUUACAACAGACUUGAAUUAUGAUGAGCACAUACAAGGUCAUAAUUGUCUGUUGAAUGCACAUGGAGGGGUAUUUAGCUAAAAAUGCAAUUGUUUAAUACAAUUAAAGUAUCCUGAAAUUCUCAAGGACAGUAUUCAGCUUAGAGGAUUAAUGAAACUCUUUAAACUCCAUUCUUAAAUAAAACUGAGCUUUAUGCUCUAUGGGGCUUAAUGUAGAGCUUAGGUCUGCUCAAGUAUCUGUACAUCCAAGGUGCAAUAGAACCUGGAUAUCUUGUUCUGAUAGUAAAUACCAAGUGUCAAUUUGGAAUGUUUGACCAGCUUUUUCCAAGCUCAAAAUAAAAGAAAAUAUAUUUAAAAAAUCAGGAGAAGUUAUUAGAUCCAAAAACAUCAUGCCACUUUAAAUUAGGGCAUGUAUUGAAAAACAGAAAAUUGGCAGAAUAAAAUUGUACACUUGUGAUUGUAGUAGUUUUGGAUGUUUUCAGAUUGGUUCUCUGUCAGGAUGUGUAAAUGAGGGUUUUAAUUUGUCCUUUAAUCGUCUUUGAUUGGUCCUUCUCCCUUUCCUCUUCUGUUUUUAGUUGUUGCUUAAUAGUGAUUCAAGUUUAUCAAUAUUUAUUUAUUUUGUGCUCUGUAUGACACAGCUUGACUUAAAUUAUACCCAAUUCUGUAAACAGCAGGUGCAUGAGAACAGCUAGAUGAAGGUUGUGCACUUUACUGAGAACAGCAAGUCACUGGGACAGAGCUAGACCUUCCACUGCCAUACAUUUCAACUGCCAUCAGGACCACACAGGGUUUGGACUAACUUGUUUAACUAGAUAUGAAUAAACUCAGCAUUUUUACCUAAUUCACUGACCUUUAAUCAACAGUUUGAUAUUAUAAAAGAAUGUUGAGUGUCAGGCACUGAGUAAAGGCUAUACUUUAUUUGUUUGCUUUGUCCUCAAGACACAUUGUCUUUCCAGUUGCUUUCUCAAAAAACAGGUUUCUCGGUUUGUAAGUAAUGGGCUGCUCUGAGAGUAGAAUUCAUGAAACCUUAGACUUUAUUUCCAUUAAGAAUCUUGUUAAACUGUAAUUUCAUUUUAUAUCUGUUCUUUAGAGUAAAAAUAUUUGUUUUGAUCAGCCAUUUUGCAUUCAAAUCCAAAAUGAUAUAUAACUUUUGUGCAUGUGACUUAAUCUAUGAACUAUUCAAAUUGAUUCUACAUUUUCUGGUGUAUAUUCGUGUUUAAAUAUUUUCACCUGAAUAUUAUUAUGAUUGUUUCCCUGCCUUGUAACUGUUACAAACAAGCUCACUGCUUCCACAAAGAA